AUGAAGACCCAGCUUUCGUUCUCGGCUCUUGUUGUCACCGUGCUCACCAGCGCCCAGGCUGGUCUCAUCAGCACCAUUACCAUACCGACCCUGCACAUCUUUGGCGACUCCCUAUCGGACGUUGGCACCUUGAAGGAUUUGACCCUGAACUUAAUCCCGCCUAAGCCAUAUUGGGAGGGUCGUUUUUCCUCGGGACCCGUCUGGAACGAGUACCUGGCAAAGCUGCUCGGCUACAAUCUGUACAACAAGGCUGUUGGCGGUGGCACCUCCGACAAUGCCAACUCGGCGCUCCUUAACAUUUUGCCCAUUCCGCUCCCCAUCAGUAUCCCGAGCUCCCAAGACCAGAUCGACACUUUCAAGUUCAAAAACCCAAAGUACAAGCUUUCGUACAGUGUCAAGAAGGACAUUGCGGUGCUCGAGAUUGGUGCCAACGAUUUCUUUGCCGAGAUGAUUAACAUGUCGACAAACAAAUUGCCCGUUGGCAGCUUUGUUGAGACCCUGUCCAACAGCGUGGUCAGCCAGCUGGAGCAGAUCCGCAGCAUUGGUUUCAAGAACAUCAUUGUUACCAAUUUGGCCGCUAUCCAAUUCACUCCAUUUGCGGAUAUCUUGCACCUCGAGAGUCUGGCAAACACCACUGUACAUCGGUACAACGACCAGCUGACUAGAAAGGUCAAUGCGUGGGCAAGCAAAGCCUUGGGCCUGACGUCCUUCAGCAUAGCCGAUAUUGGCGGGUUCGUCGAGACCACAGUCAACUCUGAAGCCAUUGCUAAUUCCCUCGGGCUCACCAGCGUCAGCACUUCCUGUGUUGGUGGAAACGCUCUGAACUUGUUGCAGGCGGAUAACAAGCUGCUUGCGCUUAUGAAGUUAAUUUUUGAUGCCAAGGAGAACCUCAUGUGUGCUGACCCAAGCAAGUCGUACUUUUUUGAUUUUGUCCACCCGGGUGAGAAAAUCACCAGGUUGUUUGGUUACUACACCAAGGAGCUUAUUGAUGCUGUCAAUUCUGGCAAGCAGAUGUCUAUGACUGAGGAUAAUUUGCUCAACAUUAUUAACAAGUACAGUCUUGGUUCACCUGUUGCUAAGCCUGUCCAGAUUUAA